UCCGAGUAUAAAUAAACGUCGAUGAGAUGUGAAAGGGCCUCGAGCUUCAUCAUUCGCUUUCCUCUUCUUCCAGCAGCAACAACACAUCGCCCUAAAAAAUGAAUUUCAUUAUUCAGAUGGUCUUGUUCGUCGCCAUUUGCGCUGCCGUUUUACCCGGCUCAUCUGCUGUUCCAGUCGACAGUGAAGUACAAGGAGAACAAGCUAUUUCGAUGCGCGAGGGCGACGUUGUCGAUAAGGUGGUAAGGGAAGAAAUGGACAGCAAAGUAAUGACUUUCAGCAUUUCAUCCAGAACCACCCGACACCCACAAGUACCCGGACAUUGCAGUUUUAUCGACCCAGUCCAGUCCACAUUUCCAAUGACUUUUUUUUGUUUCUUUCUUAAUUCCCUGUAUGACCAAUACACAUAUAGCAUCAACUGUGUGUAUAAUAUGGUGUUAUUCAACGGUAGCGACUUUAGUACGCCUUUCUGCAAAUUGUCUUCUUCGUCGUCAUUUACGCGCAUUUGCGCUGCCGUUUUACCCGGCUCAUCCCCCGUUCCAGUCGACAAUGAAGUACAAGGAGAACAAGCUAUUUCGAUGACCGACGGCGACGCUGUCAAGGAGACGUUAGUGGAAGAAAUAGACAAAUCUGCCCGGUGCUCCGAGUGCAUCCGGAGAUGCUACUAUGCUCCUAACAAGUAUUUCUGUAUCACUAAUUGCAGAACUUCGUCUUGUUAG